GGGAGCGGGCCCACGCCGGCCGCCGCCUCCAUCUUCCCGGGCCCGGCGCCGAGCGGCCGUUUCUGAAUGAAUGGCUGUCGUCCCGGCCGCCGGCCGCUCCGGGGGUUUCCCCUCGAGACUCAGAGACAGGACCGCCUUCCCCAUGUCCCAGUUUAAGCGCCAGCGGAUCAGCCCGCUGCCGGGGGGCCGCAGCUUCUCAGGCGCGGCCUCCACGUCGCUUCUGGGCCCUCCUCCUGGUCUGCUCACUCCUCCUGUGGCCACAGACUUGUCCCAAAAUGCCCGGCACCUGCAGGGCGGGGAGAAGCAGCGGGUCUUCACCGGCAUCGUUACCAGCUUGCACGACUACUUCGGGGUGGUGGACGAAGAGGUCUUCUUCCAGCUAAGCGUGGUGAAGGGCCGGCUGCCCCAGCUGGGCGAGAAGGUGCUGGUGAAGGCGGCAUACAACCCCGGCCAGGCGGUGCCCUGGAACGCCGUCAAGGUGCAGACGCUCUCCAACCAGCCACUGCUGAAGUCCCCAGCACCUCCCCUUCUGCACGUGGCAGCCCUGGGCCAGAAGCAAGGGAUUCUGGGAGCUCAGCCCCAGUUGAUCUUCCAGCCUCACAGGAUUCCUCCCCUCUUUCCUCAAAAACCACUCAGUCUCUUCCAAACAUCCCACACGCUUCACCUGAGCCACCUGAACCGAUUUCCCGCCAGGGGCCCUCACGGACGGCUGGAUCAGGGCCGAAGCGACGACCACGACUCCAAGAAACGCAAGCAGCGGGCUGGUGGAGAGCCUUGGGGUGCUAAGAAACCAAGGCAUGACCUGCCUCCCUACCGGGUCCACCUCACUCCCUACACAGUGGACAGCCCCAGCUGUGACGUCCUAGAACUCCAGCGCCGAUACCGCAGCCUCCUGGUGCCGUCCGACUUCCUGUGCGUGCACCUGAGCUGGCUGUCGGCUUUCCCUCUGAGCCAGCCCUUUCCCCUCCACCACCCGAGCCGGAUCCAGGUCUCUGCAGAGGCGGCGGCAGCUCCAGAGCCAGCUGCGGAGCCCAGCCCUGCCGACAGCGCCGCCGCCUACAGCUCCAAGGUCCUGCUGCUCUCCUCCCCGGGCUUAGAGGAACUGUACCGCUGCUGCAUGCAAUUUGUGGAUGACAUGGCCGAGCCAAGGGAGACGCCGGAACAUCCUCUGAAGCAGAUCAAGUUCUUGCUGGGCCGGAAAGAAGAAGAGGCAGUGCUGGUGGGGGGCGAGUGGUCUCCCUCCCUGGACGGCCUCGACCCCCAGGCUGACCCGCAGGUGCUGGUGCGCACGGCCAUCCGCUGUGCACAGGCCCAGACCGGCAUCGACUUGAGCACCUGCACUAAGUGGUGGCGCUUUGCCGAGUUCCAGUACCUGCAGCCGGGCCCGCCUCGGCGGCUGCACACAGUGGUGGUGUACCUGCCAGACGUCUGGAGCAUCAUGCCCACGCUGGAGGAGUGGGAGGCCCAGUGCCAGCAAAGAGCUGCAGAGGCAGCCGCCACGCCCCAGCAGGCGUCAGGGGAAACGGAGCCUGCUGAACAGGCCCCCGACACGGCGGAGCAGGCAGCCGACCCUCCUGAGGCCGGCACACAGCAGGACGCGGACACCGACCUCCCGGAAGCCCCCCCACCCCCUCUGGAGCCUGCGGUCACUGCACGUCCUGGCUGUGUGAACCUGUCGCUCCAGGGCAUUGUGGAGGACCGGAGGCCCAAAGAAAGGGUCUCUUUUGAGGUGAUGGUGUUGGCCGAGCUGUUCCUGGAGAUGCUGCAGCGGGACUUCGGCUACAGGAUUUACAAGAUGCUGCUGAGCCUUCCGGAAAAGGCCGCGUCCCCCCCAGAACCCGAGAAGGAGGAGGCGGCCAAGGACGACGCGGUCAAAGAGGUGGCGACCAAGGAGUCGAAGGAGGAGGUGCAGAGCGAGGGUGCGGCUGCCGAGUCCGAUGCCCCCCUGAAGGAAGACGGGCUGCUGCCCAAGCCGCCCCCUGCCGGCGGGGAGGAGGAGGAGAAGCCGCGGGCAGAGGCGGCCGAGGACCUGUGCGAGAUGGCCCUGGACCCCGAGCUGCUGCUGCUCCGGGAUGACGGCGAGGAGGAGUUCGCAGGAGCGAAGCUGGAGGACGCCGAGGUGCGCUCUGUCGCCUCCAACCAGUCAGAGGUGGAGUUCUCCUCGCUCCAGGACAUGCCCAAGGAGCUGGACCCUUCCGCCGUGCUCCCCUUGGACUGCCUCCUUGCUUUCGUCUUUUUCGAUGCCAACUGGUGUGGCUACCUGCACCGGCGGGACUUGGAGAGGAUCCUGCUCACCCUGGGGAUCCGGCUCAGCGCAGAGCAGGCCCAGCAGCUGGUCAGCAGGGCGGUGACCCAGCACAUCUGCCAGUACCGCAGCCUGCAGUACAGCCGCCAGGAGGGCGUGGACGGCGCGGCCUGCGAGGAGCUGCUCUGCGGAAACCUGGACCUGCUGCCACCUCCUGGGAAGCGCGCGGAGGCCGGCGCUGCCCCCGCGGAGCACGAAGGCCUGGUGCCCCACAACGGCAGCCUCAUCAAUGUGGGCAGCCUGCUGCAGCGCGCCGAGCAGCAGGACAGCGGGCGGCUCUACUUGGAGAACAAGAUCCACACGCUGGAGCUGAAGCUGGAGGAGAGCCAUAGCCGGUUCUCAGCCGCCGAAGUGACCAACAAGACGCUGGCGGCCGAGAUGCAGGAGCUGCGAGGCCGGCUGGCCGAGGCCGAGGAGACGGCGCGGACGGCUGAGCGGCAGCGGGCCCAGCUUCAGCGGCUGCUGCAGGACUUCCGCCGGCGCCUCACGCCCCUGCAGCUCGAGGUGCAGCGCAUGGUGGAGAAGGCUGAGGGCUGGGUCGAGAGGGAGGAGCCGGCGCCCAGCAACUGAGAGACUGGCGCAGCUGCGACGCUGGGAGGCCAGCGGCGGAGCCUGGUGGCGUCAGAGCCCUUUUGGUACGGGAGCGCAGCCGCGGCAGGACCUGGGAGCCCGAGGAGCGGCGGCUGACUUUGGGCUCAGCCGCUGCGGGGGACGGCCGGCCAUCAGCGUGGGGGCCCGGGCGACGUGGAAUGGAUGUGAGAGGAACCCAGUUCCCGUUACAGCUAAAUACAACAUCUUCUGCACCCCCUAGAAUGUCAUUUUGCCCCCAAACCUUGGAAUUCUCCUGGGGCCUUUGUAGUCUUGUGCUUUCUCUCUCCUGUCCUGUCGGGUUUCGCUAAGGCAGGGGAGGUGCAGGCUGGAGUCUGUGACGAGGUCUGAGCAGCAGAGGCGGGGCCCAGCGGGGCGGCUGAGCAGCCCCCUUGGCCGAGCGUGACGCCUGGGGUUCCAGGUGCGGGCUCCCCGGGGGCAGGGGCUCCCGCGGCCGUCAGGGACGGAGCCUGUGCAGAGAGCUCUCGGUGCGGGGCUGCGGGGGCCAGGCAGCCACCCCAGGAGGAACCGGCACCUCUUCCCGGCUCCUGUGUUCAGAAUGUGGAUUGGCUCUGGCCCAGCCCUUGCCCCCGUAAUUCUCACCCCUUUCCAUAAUCCGUGGUUUCUGUUUGACUUUGUAUAUAAAGUUGGUUUU